GCCCAACUCUACGCUGGGCCCGCCACCUUUUGCGCACGCGCGCAGAGAAGCAGGGACUGGGGAGCGGGGACGUUCACGCUUGUCUGCGCGUGCGCCAUGCCCAUGAGCGUGCGCGCUGGCGUUGAGCGCACCGGUAGCGCAGGAAUCUGUCGACUCCGCUAGUGCAGCGUGGUUGAGUCUACAGCGGUGACGAGCUCUGGCAGAGCGGGGCUGUCCCCUGAGUCGCGGUACUUACGCCGGGUUCCGAGGAGACUGGGUCGUGCUCGGUGUGUGGCUCGGUGUCCAGCUUUCUGACCUUACAGGCACAUCGCGUGCACUGCUUAGAGCGCGUAUGUAAAGAAGGAAGCUGGUGGAGAGAGGCUGUGGGACGUGCCAAAAGGCCAUCCAGCCCAGAGCGCAACCCCAGGAACCAUCCGGAAGUGGGCGGAGACCAGAAGUCUGGGAAUCCUCGGGAGGGUCUUCUCAGCAGCUGAACGAACAGGAGCGUCAGGUCCAUGCUGCUGCUGGUUCUGGCACCCAAGGCUUGGCACAGGCUCUCUCAUCUGAAGCCCCCAGCCCUCGUUUGGACCCCGGGAGGCAAGGCCGGACAUGUGAGGUGUCGGCUCCUGUCAAGGCAGGGCCCUGGAGACACAGGCAGGCAGAGCCGGCCCCAGGGCCCUGGGCUUGGAACUAGGCUGUUGAUCACCGCCUUGUUUGGGGCUGGGCUGGGUGGCGCCUGGCUGGCUGCCAGGGCCGAGAAGGAGCAGCGGCGGCAGCAACAGCGGACAGAGGCCCUGCGCCAGGCGGCUGUGGGCCAGGGGGACUUCAGCCUGCUGGACCACCACGGACGGGCUCGCUGCAAAGCCGACUUCCGGGGUCAGUGGGUGCUGCUGUACUUUGGGUUCACUCACUGCCCCGACAUCUGCCCAGACGAGCUGGAGAAGUUGGUGCAGGUGGUACGGCAGCUGGAGGCUGAGCCCGGCCUGCCCCCGGUGCAGCCUGUCUUCAUUACUGUGGACCCCGAGCGGGACACUGUCGCAGCCAUGGCCCGCUACGUACAGGACUUCCACCCACGGUUGCUGGGCCUGACCGGUUCUGCUGAGCAGGUGGCCCAAGUGAGCCGCAGCUACCGCGUGUACUACAGCGCGGGCCCCAAGGACGAGGACCAGGAUUACAUCGUGGACCACUCCAUUGCCAUCUACCUGCUCAGCCCUGACGGCCUCUUCACGGACUACUACAGCCGGGCCAGAUCAGCAGAGCAGAUCGCAGACAGCGUGAGGCGCCACAUGGCUGCCUUCCGCAGCGUCCUGCACUGAACCAGGUCAUUAAAGAGGGUGUGAUGGAGCUGUGUGCCUGUGGUCUGCGUCGUCGGUGGCCCCGGGAGGCCACGGCAGGGAAGCGCAGCCCUUUGCCUGCAUGGCGCAGGAGUGUUUUUUAAGACUAAGUGGGAUGGCAACACCAUUUUAUUGGGCUGGGCCAGCCAGGAAACGAGGGUCGAGUGAGCAGACGCGAUGCCCAGCACCUGCGGGGGACAGGGCUCCAGAG